UUUAAGGCUUAACAGUGGCAUUUACGGAUCAUGCUCCUCACUUUUGCCUCUCUAUACUCUAUAGAACCCUCUUUCCAUUCCUAAGCGAUUCUCUUCUAUUUGUCGCCGCCGCCAUGGCCGGGCUGAGCCGAGUUGGAGUAGCCACAGCCACGCCAGCACUCCGCGGCCUUGGAUAUCUUGCUACCUCUCGUGCCUACGGAUCGGCUGCUGCGGUUCAAUACGACUACGAUUACGAAUUCGACAACCAGUACUAUUCGGGGGCAGAAGGAAGCAGAAAUCUGCUCCGGGAUUCGCGGCUUCCGGAGCCAAGGCUAGACUCGGCAGCGGCGUCGGACUGGGGAAGAGGAGUGCAAUGGGUGUUGAUAGGGGACCCGGCAGCUCAAAAGCACGUGUACGCUGAAAAGCUUUCGAAGCUUCUACAAGUUCCUCACAUUUCCAUGGGUACCCUCCUUCGCCAAGCGUAUAACCCUAGCUCUUCUCUCUACAUACAGAUUGCAAGUGCGGUGAAUGAAGGAAAGCUAGUACCAGAGGAAGUAAUUUUUGGGUUGUUGUCCAAGAGGCUUGAAGAAGGUUACUGCAGAGGCGAAACUGGCUUCAUUUUGGAUGGCAUUCCUCGAACAAGGAUUCAAGCUGAAAUUCUUGAUCAAAUUGCUGAAAUUGAUCUAGUUGUGAAUUUUAAAUGUGCUGAAGAAAACUUGGUGAAGAGGGAUUUUCUUACUGUAGGAAACUCAAUGUCCUCUGUUACUGAUGCUGGAAGUGUCUUGAAGGAAAAGUUCCGUAUAUAUGCAGAACAGGGCAAGGCAUUGGAAGAUUACUACAGGAAACAAAAAAAACUGGUGGACUUUCAAGUAGCAGGUGCACCUGGAGAAACCUGGCAAGGCUUGUUGGCCGCAUUACAGCUCAAGCAUUUGGGUGCUGUUAAUUCUUCACAGAAACUGGCUGCUUGAGUUGUUUUACCAUUUAAAUUGGUGUCUGCCUUAGUUCUAUUCGCUUGCAGGUGUGUUAGUAAAUAUUUACAACAUAAGCACACUGAUUUAUGUCUAUUUUCCAAGCUGAUUCUGAGUUGUUUUUCGAAUUUUAGGCUACUAGAUAGUGCAAUUUUGAGGCUGUAUGCUUGUAAGGUAAUUUUGGUGAGAGAUAAAAAAGCAAAGAACACUGGCAUGUAAUACUGUUUUACUAUCAAUUUCUCUAUUUGUUUC